AUGAGAAAAGACUUCGCAAAGGUGUUGCAAGAAAAGAAAAAGCCUGCAGAGAAACAUCGUGAACUCAUCCUCAAGUGGCAGAAACAGGGACGACUUUCCGCGAUCCUCACGCUUUAUACUGCAAGGGAGAAUAACCGCCAAGCACAGCAACCUGCCUCUCCGACAAUCAAGGCAGCGUUCUAUUACGGCUUGGGGUACGUACAUGCCCUCCAAGCAACAGAAACCGGCGAAGAGUUGGAUACUGCUGUUGCUUAUUUACAGCACGCCGUUGAGAUGGAUCCAGAUCUAUUUUGGGCGCGCUUCAACCUCGGCGGUAUCUAUCAGGAACAGAGCAAAGAUGAUUUAGCACUUGCUGAAUUUGAGGCGUGUGUCCAUUUAAACUCCAAUUAUUAUCCUGCUUACUAUCGGAUGGGUGAAAUUCACUUGAAACGGCAGGACUACAUGCAGGCACUCCAUGCCUUUGAUGCAGCGCGGAAGAUAAAUAGAAAGUGGGAAUAUCCGCAAUACGGUAUCGGUUUGGUUUAUUUCGCUCAGGGUGAAAUCGACCGUGCCCGCCAGACCUUCGAGAGUAUUACCCAGAAAAACAAGAAGUUCGCACCCGCCUACUUCAAACUUGGGCAGGUCCUUGCUACAGAGGGGUUCUUUGAUGAAGCGUUAAAAGAAUACGCGAAAGGAUCGCAAUAUCAGGACUACUCAGCACAAAUCCUUUAUGAAUUGGCAGUUAUCUUCGAUGAAAAAGGGAAUACGGAUGGUGCAAUUAGAAUAUAUCAACGCGUAAUUGAGGUUGAGCCGACGCAUGCGAAAGCACUUUUCACACUUGGCGAGAACCUCUAUGCCAGUGGCGAUACCACGGCAGCGGUGCAAUAUUACCGACAAGCAUUGUCCGGCACACCGGGUAUUAAGGACGCUUUCUAUGAACCGCUCGAACCUUACUUCGCAGGGUUGAUGACCCCCGAUGAAGCGAUGCCACUCCUUGAGAAAGCAAUGUUAGUCCUUCCUGACGAUCCGCGUUCCUACUUUUAUGCGGGUACGCUUGAAGCCGAUACGGGCAACAUCCAGAAAGCCAUUGAGCAUUACCAAAAGACCCGUGAAAUUAUAGAAGCAGAUCCAAGUCAUCUGCAAAUGGAACUCCUCUUAGGGGAUUUCAAUGAUGUUUACUUAAAACUCGGUGAACUUUAUCACCAGCACGGAGAUAUAGAGACUUCUGCUGUCUACUUUAAACGCGCAUUGGCAUUAAAUCCAGAAUUAGCGAAUAGAUUUAUCGCGCAAGGGCAAAGUGCUUUCGAGGCGAGGCACUAUCAAGAGGCUAUUGAAUCUUUAAAUACGCACCUCCUGUUGUUUCCGGAGGAUGUUGGUGCUGUCUAUCUGCUGGGACAGAGUCACGAGGCUAAUGGCGAUAUAGACAACGCUCUCAUCUUUUAUAAGCGCACCUUGACAUUAGAUUCACAGCAACCAGAUGUGCUUUUCAAGAUGGUUCACAUUUAUCGAAACCGAGAGGCACAUCAGCAGGUAAUCGACACCUUACAGAAGAUUAUUGAGAUUGCACCCGACACGACCGAGGCACACUACCUACUGGCAUUGUCAUAUCUCACAUUGGAACAGCCGGAUGCUGCCCUGCCCGCGUUUCUCGCAACUGUCCGACUAAACCCUAAUGAUGUCUCUGCGCAUUACCACGCAGCGAUCUUGUUUGAACAAAAGGAUGACAUAGACAACGCCAUCGUACAUUACGAGAAAACGAUAGGUCUUGAUACCACGCUGCUUGAAAGUCCUUUUUUUGAGGUGACAGAGGUAGCACCAUUUUUCCGACUCGGUGCAAUCUAUCGCGAACGCAAUGAUGAAGAUAACAUUAUUCGGGUCUAUCAACCGGUGUUGGAAAUUGAACCUGAGCAUCCAGAACUUCAUCAUCUUCUUGCUGUCAUCUUUGAGAAGCGCGACGAACGUGGCAUGCAAAAUGGGCUUGCAAGCUACGCCCUAAAGGCCAUUCGGCACUACGGGUUGGCGAAUCAAUACAACCCUAAGAAGUUCGACUGGCACUAUAGUUAUGCACGUCUGCUCGACCAACAUGCCGAGACGCUCGGAGAUGACUAUCAUAAACAUGCUGAAAUGGCUGUCAAGGAGUAUACCGCGACCCUCGCUCUGAAGUCAGACUAUGUAGAUGCCUAUUUCUACCGUGGGAUGCUCACACUCCGCCACAGACAGAUUGGCAAAACGCUUUAUCGCUAUAGCCAAAUUUUAGAGGAUUUCAGGCAGGUGGCUGAAAUCCAACCCAGAAACCGUGAAGCGAACUAUCAGCUCGGAGUCAUUUAUCUUGAAAUAGAUCGGCAGCGCCUUGCCAAAGAUGUUUUUGAAAAUAUGCUCUCUUACGCGCCAAAAUAUAGGGGCAUCCACUUGCAUCUGGGGCAGAUUGCGGAAUGGGAACAGGCGUGGAAGCAGGCAAUUCAACAUUAUCAAGCGGAGGCUGCGCUUCUUCAACAACCCCUUGAAGAAGGGGACAACAUUGCCAUCAAGACAUAUCAACGCCUCGGCAAUCUUUACUAUGCCCACGCUUUAGAUUACAACGCCGCGAAAGAGACUCUGGAAAUGGCACUCGCUUUGGACGACACUCACGUGCCGACACUGCUCAACUACGCCAACAACCUCUUCAGUAUGGAUCUACUCGGCGCAGCGACGGAACAGUUUGAACGGGUAAUACAAUUGGAACCCGGCAACUUGACAGCAAACUACAACCUCGCGCUCAUGUAUGAAUACAGGGAGAAGCGUGAACAGGCGAGAGCGCAAUGGCAACGUUUCCUUGAACUCAAUCCACCCGAACAGUGGCGGAUUGAAGCGGAGGAACACCUGAGUCAGUAG